UGACGUCACGUGAUUGUGUUCUACUCAUCAUUGGUUCUACUCCCAAGCUGUCGGUGGGGUGAGAAGACAUUUCUGAUUUUAAUCGAAUAUAGAAUUUCGGUCUCUCGUGUUGUGUUUCAUGAAGAACAUCGUCAUAUAAUGCGAUUGACAGACGUUGCAUAGUAACAGCAUUCCUGGUUUGGGGACAAAAAAAAAAAAAAGUUUAAUUUCCAAGGCAAUUGGGUUUGGAUCAUAUUUAUUUCCAACUGGAGGAACAUAUCCAAUUGUAAUGGCAGAAAACAAUUUCCCUCCCCUGCCUCGCUUCAUCCCUCUGAGGCCGUGUUUCUAUCAGGACUUCAACGAGAUCCCGGAUGUACAUCGCUCCAUGUGCAAGAAGCUGUACUACCUAUGGAUCUUUAACAGUGCCACCUUGGCGGUCAAUCUGAUUGGUUGCCUGGCGUGGAUGUGUGGCGGGGGCGGAGCCACUAACUUUGGCAUGGCCAUUCUGUGGCUCAUCCUGUUCACCCCCUGCUCCUACGUGUGCUGGUUCAGACCCAUCUACAAGGCCUUCAAGACUGACAGCUCGUUCAACUUCAUGGCGUUCUUCUUCGUGUUCAUGGCCCAGGUGGUGAUCAGCAUUAUCCAGUGUAUAGGGAUCCCAGGCUGGGGGGUCUGCGGCUGGCUGGCGACCAUCACCUUCUUUAGCACCAAUAUAGGCUCUGCUGUAGUCAUGCUGAUCCCCACCAUCAUGUUCACUGCCAUGGCUGUCCUCUCCUUCACCGGGCUCACUAAGGUGCACAACAUGUACCGUGGCACUGGGGGCAGUAUGAGUAAAGCCCAGGAGGAGUGGACCACCGGGGCCUGGAAGAACCCUCACGUCCAGCAGGCAGCGCAGCAGGCCGCUGUAGGGGUGGCGCAGGGAGCCAUGCAGCAACAGCAGCAACAACAGCCCCAGUACUCACAGGCACCCACCUACAACUACGACGACCCGGGCAUGUAGGGCAGGGUGGAGGAGAGGGUGGGA